AUGAUAGACUCGGAUCUGGCCCGGCCAAACGUGUCCCCACCCUCGAAAUCCUGUCACAAUUGUCGUCGGAAGCGACUGAGAUGCGAUAGGUCCAUCCCAGACUGUCAAAAGUGUACCAGCAAAGGAGAAAAGUGUCUGGGCUACGGCAAGCUCCUCCGAUGGACGAACGCUGUGGCUGUCAGGGGCAAUCUCGCCGACCAGAUAUCACAACGCCCAAGCCACACCGUGCAUAGCCAUACCAAAGAUGUUGUCGCCUCACAUCUUGUUCACCCAAGGAGGCGGCAGCCGCCAGACACGGAAUUUCAGCCUCUUCAACUCAGUCUCAUUGACCCUUUGCUGAUCGACCUCGCACCACGACACCGUGUCUACAUUGGUCACUUUCACAUGGUCACAUUGCGCCGUGCGCGUGGGCUUACAUAUCAAAAGGAACUUGUGGAUGCCCUCACAGCUAAAGGCCAAGCAUUUCGCCUCCUCCGUCGUGCUCUUGACAAUUUGGCCGCUGUAGACAAGCCGAUUGCCGUGGUCGCGGUGGUAUUUUUCAUCAAUUUCGAUCUCAUCGAAUCAGGGCGCGGCUGCUGGAAAACACAUGUCGAAGCUGCCGGAAACCUCCUGAAUUCCAUUCAUGCCAUGGAGAUUAGGAAACAGAUACCGCCGAGUGUCGCUAACCUGGCAGACAUUGUUGUGGCGGACUGCAUCACAUACCAUGUGCUCGGCUCCGCUUUCGCAAGCUCUGGAGACACAGCCUUGUCGGCGUUCGAGUCCAUCGACAUCACCUCCGUCUUACAGAGAGCAGCGGCUUUUAGCUAUGGAUGUUACCCGCCGAUAAUGCUCGAGACAUUAUCUAGGGCAAGCCGUCUGUCUCAGAAUGAUGUUUGUCAAGCUGGAGCUUUGAUGGAUGAGCUCUGUGGUUUAGACUUCAGGACUUGGGUGUAUAGUAUUCCGGGGCUGUCACCAAAAGAUGACCUUGAAGUGAGAGUGUCAAUAGCGGAUGCGCACCGGGCGGCAACAUGUCUCUAUAUUCUCCUCGCCGUCCCAGACCUAGAAAGAGAUUCACUCUCUGACCAGUCGAUCACGGCGGAGUCUCAAACCCGAAAGGUUCUAGACCAGCUGGCGUCUGUGCCAAUUGAGCACGCGUUAGCCAAGGGUCUGAUAUGGCCGACCUUUAUGGUGGGUGCCCAAACCAAUGAUCUGGCGGAAAGGCAGUGGUGUUUGGGAAGGAUGCACAAGAUUUGGCUAUCCAACGCCUUCGUUUGUCCCUGGGGCUAUGUCGAAUCUGCCAUUACCAUGAUGCAGCGAGUAUGGGAGACCAAAGAUGCAAAGUCCAAGCAUGGUGGACAUUCAGGUAUGAACUGGCUGCAGGAGUUGAAGGCAGCCUCUGACCACGCUCUGAUCGUGUGA